ACACACGCACACACACACAUCUGUGUUGCUUUGGUUUUCCUCUCCAAAAACUGAAUAAGGAGGGAAAAAAGGGGGGGAUGGGGGGCAAGAAAGAAGAUAUGUGAGUAAAAAAAAGAGGAGUGGAACAUUUUAUAAAAAGCAAGGAAAGAAAGAGGAAAGCAAGUUUAGAAAGUAACCAUUGGUGGAGCAAAGCGAGUUAAACAGCACAUUUCCAGGAGGAGACGGGAGAGGAUUUGUUCUGGGCCUCAGACGGUCUGUGUGUUGAUCCACCAGCAGGUCACAAUAUGGCGCUCUUCCCAUUCUGCAAGACGGCCGCAGGACCAGUCAGAGUGACCAGAAUGCAGCUGGUUCUGUACGGCGUUCUCCUGUCUCUGCUCAUAUACUUCCUCAACGGACGCAAAGCAGCUGUCGGCGUGGAGUCCCCUCAUCCCAUCUUUCGUGCCUUGGGCCUGGACAGGGGAGGAGUUAUAACAGACGUGGCGGUCUUCAAGCCAACGGCGCCACAGACUCCUCUGGCGACACCCUGGGGUGCUCCCUUGGUGUGGGGUGACACCCAGAAGUCCGCCGGCCGCAGGGCUAAAUUCGAACGUCAGGGAAUCCGCACGGGUCUGCUGGCCCUCGUGGUGGGAACGUACGCCAAGUUCGUGCACCGCUUCCUCUCUUCGGCCGAAACCCACUUCCUUCCUGGUCACAUGGUCACCUACUACAUCCUCACGGACAACCCCCGCACCCUGGACCCCCCCAUCGAGCUGGGCCCCGAACGAGAGCUGAAGGUAGUCCCUAUCUCGGAGCUGCCCGGGUGGGAGAGGUUGACUCGUCGCCGCAUGGCGCUGCUCGCCGACGCCAUCAGGAACCCGAUCGGCAGCGAGGUGGAGUACAUCUUCUGCGCUGACAUCGAUCAGGAGUUCGUGGCCCCCGUGGGAGAGGAGAUCCUCGGAGACCUGGUGGCCACGUUGCACCCGCAGCUCUACGGGAUGCCCCGGAAGGCCUUUCCUUACGAAGUAGAAGAGGUCUCCUCCGCAUGCGUGGAGGAGGACGAAGGAGACUACUACUACACCUCCGAGUUGUACGGCGGGUUGGUUUCUGAGAUGUUCAGACUGGCUCGAGCCUGUUCUCUGCUCAUCCUGCAGGACCAGGCCAACGGGGUGAUGGCCAGGGGCCUCGAGGAGAGCUACUUGAACCGCUACCUGGUCAACAACAGGCCCACCUGCGUGCUUUCCCCAGAGUACAGCUGGUGGAACUCGGCCCUGGCUCCUGAUGUGCACGUGCAGAGGCUGGUGUCGCUGGGAAGGACAUGUGAGGCUCGUGAUGAGCAGAAACAGAAUCCAUGUAAAGUGUCGGGUUCUGCUGAAAUGUGAACGUGGGUCUCACUCCAACAUGAAGAACUGUUAGUGUUACGUUGGAUGACAGGACAGGAGAUAAAGGGAGGAGAUGAUCGUCGUUAAAUUCAAUUAGGUUAUCAUCUCCAUGUUGUUUUCACUGUUCCAUGAGACAAUAAAUGUAUCCUGCAAUCACACUUGAGCAAACGGCACAAUCUGCUCCCAAUUAAAGGCCCAUUUGUGCG